UGAACCCACAAACAGAAGCUGCUGCUCCACAGUCUCAGCUGCAGAGUUCCUGUGGAAGGAGACAGUCAGAUUACUUCACUUCCUGAUAUACAACAUAAAACAAGACCAGCCUGUUGUUUUCAAGAGUUAGCAGACAAGAACUAAAUAAAGAAGUGUGUGUUUGUCAGCGAGUAAGAUAUUUCGUUUCUGUAUAUCAGCAACUAUGGUACAGGCAUAUUGAAAUGCAAAGUCAAACUCCUGAGAGGCUGGGCAAAGGGCACAAAAUAAAUUAAUUUAAAAGAAGAAAAAGAAGAAAACUUGUUUAGGUGAAGACAGUGGAUUCCCAUUUUGACGUGUAAAAAGAAUCAAGAAAAACAUGGGAACACUAAAACAAAUCACAUUAUAUAUUGCCCUCUUUAGCUUCAUUUCCCCAUCAAGUGCUUUUUCCCUGAACAACUGCACAAUCAGUACUCCCCUAAAAGACAUCCAGCCGAAAGUACUUUGCUACAAAAUGGGCUUUUUCAGGAUUCCGUCGAUACCUGGAAAUACACAUAUUUUAGAUAUUUCCUUCAAUGCCUUCACACAGAUCCAGAUUGGAGACUUUAAUCAUUUGUCAAAUUUACAGGACUUAAACAUAUCCCACAAUAAGAUCUCGCAGAUUCAAGAGGGUGCGUUUGACAGUCUUUCCAAUUUAUACAGUCUCAAUCUGGCCAGCAACAGACUACAAGCAAUCUCGAGAGGAAUGCUACAUGGUCUAACCAACCUGCUGGUGCUACGUCUGGAUAACAAUUAUAUCAAAGACAUUGAAGAGACAGCUUUCAGCACGCUUCACAAUUUAAAGGUGUUAAACCUAACAAAAAACCAACUCCAUUAUGUAGAGAAAAUCAAGCCGGUUCUUGCAUCACCUCAUUUGGAGGAGCUGUACAUUGGAAGCAACCAUCUUAAUGCUUUCAAGUCAUAUGAAAUGUCAACAAAUCCAUUGGCAUUAAAAAUACUUGAUUUUUCGAACAACCCUUUUGCAACAUUUCAGCUGACCGACAAUAUAUUUCAAUUUCUCAAUCACCUUGAUUUAUCGUAUUGCGGUCAAAAUGGAACUAUGACAUGGAACGUCACAGAAAAGACUUUCUUCGCCUCAGUGAAAUCACUGUACUUCAUGGAUGUUCAUAUGUCAGUCCAGAAUGCUGCUAAUGUGCUUCAGAGCUUCCAGAAUUUGUUAAAUAAAAUCAGGCUUAAUGGAAACGCUGAGUUGAACAGGACUGACCUCCUGCUGAACGCCUGUUCUCCAGUGCUACAAGUUCUACGGCUAAAAACAAACAAAAUAAAACACCUCAACGAGCACAUGUUUGAUCUCUGUUCUAACCUGACAGAAAUAGAUUUAGGAGAUAAUGAAAUAUCCAAUAUACCACCAGGUAUGUUCCGUGGAUUCACGCAACUAAAAACGUUGCGUUUGCAAAUCAAUAAAUUUACUCGAAUAACAAACUUCUUUCAAAACCUCUUCACUCUUGAGUUCAUAGAUCUCAGUAGAAACAGCAUCAAGACCCUCAACUGUGACGUUUUUGCCAAUUUAACACAGUUGAAAAUGUUGUACUUGUACAGUAACAAAAUCUCAAUCAUUGAAUCCUGUUCCUUCAAGGACCUGAAGAGUCUUGAAGUCCUCAGACUUGGGACAAACAAUCUGUUAAGGAUCGGUGAUGCUUUCAGGAAUGGGCCACAAUCCCUGUUGGAGCUGCAACUGUCUUUUAAUAAGCUAAGCAAAAUCGAAAAGUACACUUUUAGAAAUAUGUCACAGCUGAAGUAUUUGCACUUACAAGACAAUCAGAUUUCAGAGAUCGAAAGCUAUGCAUUCGGAGGACUGAAGAACCUAAGCUCUCUAUUCCUGUCAUCAAACAAAAUAUCAGCUAAAACAUUAACAAAACACCAGGAUGUUUUCUCAGGCAUGCCCAACCUCGAAAAUCUAGGUUUGGACGCCAACAUCAUUUUAUUUACUGAUGAUCAAUUGAAAUUUCCUCCUUUUAAAGACCUGAAGCACCUUACAGUACUGUCCUUACACAGUCAACGUCGUGGAAUUGGCCAAAUACCCUCAAAUCUGCUUCAAGGUUUAUCCUCCUUGGAAAUGUUUUACGUUGGAAACACAAAUCUUGCUCAUCUGAAUCCUGAUACAUUCAAGUUUAGCCCCCAGCUCUGGUUUUUGGAUCUCUCCAAGAAUGCGCUGUCUGAAGACCACUCGAUCCCGGCUGAGUUGUUUCACCCCAUUUCGAGGCUAACCAAACUCCUCAUUUCGAGAACGCAGCUUCGCUCGCUGAACUUCCUGUUGAACGCAAAUCUCUCCAGACUUUCGACCUUAAAAGCUACGGGCAAUGAGAUCGACUUGAUCAACAAAACUCUGAUUCAGUCACUGCCUCGACUAGAGGUCCUCGACUUGCAGAAGAACACGUUCACUUGUGACUGUGACAAUGAGUUCUUCAUUGACUGGGCCAAGAAUAGUAAUUCUACUCAGGUGGUUUAUUUGAACAAGUACAUGUGUAGCUACCCUAGUUCCUUACGAGGCAUGAGUUUGUCUGCUUUCAACACCGAAUCCUGCACCUUGAAUAUCGACUUCAUCUGCUUUCUUUGCAGCAGUAUUGUGGUCUUUCUCACCCUGCUCUCGUCAUUCGUUUGGCAUUUUCUGCGCUUUCAGGUGGUUUAUGCAUACUACCUCUUCUUAGCCUUCCUUUACGACAAUAAGAAGAAGCAGAGCGGUUCGACAUUCCAGUACGACGCCUUCAUUUCCUACAACGCCCAAGAUGAGCCUUGGGUAAUGGAGGAACUAAUUCCAAAAUUAGAAGGAGAACAGAGCUGGAGAUUGUGCCUUCACCACAGAGACUUUGAACCAGGAAGGCCAAUAAUAGACAAUAUCGUUGAUGGCAUAUAUAGUAGCCGCAAGACCAUCUGCCUGAUCACUAAGAACUACCUGAAGAGCAACUGGUGUUCAAGUGAGGUCCAGGUGGCGAGUUUCAGACUCUUUGAUGAGCAGAAGGAUGUACUGAUUCUGGUGUUCCUGGAGGAUAUCCCCACACAUCAGCUCUCUCCGUACCACAGGAUGAGGAAGCUGGUGAAGAAACGAACCUACCUCCGCUGGCCCAAACCUGGAGAAGAUACUAAGAUCUUCUGGCAAAAGCUGAAAUUGGCUUUAGAAGCCAAAGAGGGUCAUAAAUCAGAUCUUUUAAUUCCAUGAUGAUAUCAGAACUAUAUGGUUUAUAAUGCUAAAUGUGAUUUCACAACAUCUCAAGAGACCCACAGUCCAAUUUGAUCAACUGUUAAAUGUGUUGGAAAAUUAGUUGCACUAUAUAAAUUAGUUGUUGUCAUUUUUUAAAUAUUUUUUAUAUGUGAAGUUGACUUUUAUGCAUUUUAUUUACAAAUCUCUGCACUGUGUGAAUGAACGCAAUACCGUUCAGGGUCUGUACUUGAUUCCGCAAUGUUUUUCUCUUAUGAUCACAAAGGAUACAUUUAUCUGAUCAAACAAUAUUAUUGUAAAAUGUUAUUACAUUUUCAGUUUAACAUACAUAUAAUUUAAAAUUGCCGUUGUCAACUUGAAUAUAUUUUAAAAUGUCAUAAAUUCCUGAUAGCAAAGCUAAACUUUUUUUUUUCUUUUUUAAAUUCUUACUGACGCCAGACUUUUAUAAAGAUUUUGCUGAUUAUUUUUCAUUAUUCAUGUUAAUAUUGUAAACAAAUACAAUAAUAUAUACAUCACUAUAAAAUGUUUUUUCUUUAGUCAGCAUGUUUGAAACUGUCCAAGUGAACAAGUCAGUGAGAUCUUAGUAUGGGGUCACUGUGGGCUGAUGCUUGGCCCACACACUGGACCCCCAGAUAGCUAGACAGGGGGUGGAAGUGGUCAAGUAAUAAUAGCCCUUUCUCCAAUUUGAUCAGACUCCCAUCAUUUUUGACCUACUGAUUACCCUGUAAAGCCAGACAAGGCAGGAACUUUAGCGUGAGACCUAAAGAAAAUACAUAGAGAGAUCUAUUCUCACAAGGGAUAUGAUAUACCAAAAGUCCAUUAGAACAAUAGAACCAUAAAAUAUCACUGAAACUUUAAAGCCUCAAAUAAAGCACAAUUUUAGUACAGAAGAAGAACAACGGGGUCACAACAAACCCACACAUUUUAUACAGUUCUGCUUUUAAACUCUCCAGAAAGUGUUGGAUGAUUCAAACAUAAUUUUCUGUGGUAAUCUGCUGAUAAAGCAACUUGUUUUGAAUCCUGAACAUUCCUUUAACACUAAGCUAUGGCCGUGUGGGAAGAGAGCGGGGGAUUACAGGAGUAAAGUCAGCUUUUCUGUCUCCUGUCUUUUGACCUCAGUGAGUGUCUAGCAGUAGCUGACAUAAGAUCUCUUCUGCCGACUGGUCCUGAAGGGCAUGUCUGCACAUUCACUGCUCCACGCCUCCACAUUGUCCUCCAUCGUCCACGUCCCAGCAGGAGUCCUCUGCUGCCUCUGCUGGACUUUACUGGAGAAACUAUUAUGCUAAUUGCUAAUGUGAUACAAUUACAAUAAAGCUGAUUUAUUUCAUACACAGACAGUUCAGAAACAUAGGAUGAUAUGGAUCGUACUUAUAUGUCUGCUGUUGAGAUCAAUGUACUUUUACUAACAAAGGCACCAUUGUUAACUGAAGGAACAACAGAACUUCAGAAAUAUCUUAGUCUCAGCGUUUUUCUGAACAUUUAAGGAUAGUCAUAUAACUGUAAGCUUUAUUUGUGCAUUUUGUGUGUUUUAGAAUUUAACAGCUAGUGCGAGGGAAUGUACAGUAUCUUGCUGAUCAGUCCAUAACUUGAAUUGAUGCUUAUUGUUGCUUCAUUGUCCUUCAAAUGCAUAUACUUUUUAAAUCAUUUGAAUUACAUAUUAUAUUGCAUAUAUUAUAUUUUAUUAGAAGAGUAAUAUUGCAGAAUCUAAAAUAUUUCAGUACUUUUAAUUUAUAAUAUUUGACAAUAAUUCUUUGAUUUGCAAAA